AUGGGAAUGGGUCUACCAAAGCAUUGUUACAAUGUUACCGUUUACGAAAGCCAAAUGAGUGUUCCGGUGGACGAGUCGGUCCUCUACAUCGCCACUGUCAUCCUCCUACUGAUGCUGCUCUUCUCAGUAGUUGGCAAUAUCAUCACACUGAUGGCGAUCACCUUCGGCGACAGAAUGCAAAACAAAGCAAACUGCUUUAUCUUCUCACUAGCCAUGUCCGACCUGCUCUCUGCCCUGGUAUCCCCGGUCGGAAUCUACAUUCGCACCUUCGGCUUCAAUCCAUACCGGUGGCCGCACCCGCUUUGCAAUGUCUAUUGGGCGAUUGAAGAAUCUACCUCAUUCACUACUUCGAUCCACAUUGCUUCAUUCGCUGUUUUCCGCUACGUAUCUGUUUGCUUGUCACGGGCUCAAACACUAUCCUCAUCGACUGUCUGCAGUGGACCGUCGCUGGGUGAUUAUUUAUCUCAUGACAUUAUGGACGAUUUCCCUCACUUGCGGAAUCUACAUUUCUUCAAAUUAUCUCGGCGUGAAGACGGAAACGUCUGGCGAGUGCUGGCCUCAGUGCUCGUUAUUGGAUAUUCCUGGCGCCGAUACUUUAAAGAUGAUGAGGACCUAUCAAAUGGCAACUUAUCCAAUUUUCUAUUACCUGCCCUUUCUGGUCCUGGUCUUAUCCUCCUGCUUCAUUGGCAAACAACUGAUACAGAGCUCGAGGAGAUCCAAAAACUGGCGAAAGAAUCGUCAAGCAGUUGUUCAACUCGCCUUAGUUGUCAUUUCUUUCUUUAUCGGAUAUCUGCCAAAUAUUCUUUAUUUUCUGUGAUUCACUUUCGAUCCGGUCAAAAGACAACCGAGCAUGGGAAGAAAGAUGGAUACCAUGUUGAUUACUGGAUGAACUUGCUGUGUUACGUCUGUUUGCGUCUUUCAGAAUGCAUGAACCCAUUUUUGUACAAUGUUGCGAGUACAAAGAUGCGCCGGUCCUCGCAUUCACGAAGAGUUAAGAACUUUGAUGUGCGCCAAAGCCACUCAGAUCCGUCUAUUUUCUCGUCUGUUAAUGACAAUAGAAGUCUGACGCCCAACGACGAGCCAAAUAAGCGACCUUCUUCGGCGCGUCAUCACUUGGGCCUGCACGAAACUGGCUCUGACGAUAUCCCAUUUAGUAGAACCAAGGAUCUUCAAACGCACAGUAAGUCCUGUCGCGCGAGAAAGUCCUCCCGAGCUUGCGAAAAUGGCUACGGAUCAUUGAUGCCGGCCCCGACGGUUCUUUCAAAUCGUACUUGUCAUACGCUAGCGCCGCUGCACAUACACAGAGGCCGUUCUCAUUGCCCCAAUUGCCAAAACAACUUGGUUCCUUCUUCAUCCAACGAGUCCCUCAACUGA